AUGCAGAUUCCAGCAGUUCUUCUCACCCUCGCUCUCCUCCCAGGAGCCUUGUCCUGGUCUCCAUUCGCUUCCUUGUACAACCCUACAUCAGCACAAUACGUUUACUCGCCCAUUGAGCAAAUCCGUUAUACACUCGCUUUCGAGACCUUUAUCCUCGAUUCAAAGAACUGGACUGCCUUAGAAUUUGUAUACACAAAUGACGCUAUUGCGAACUUCACUGGCUUGGGAGCCGAACUUUGGAUCGGAAGAGACGACAUUAUCGCCAACGAAAAGAAUGGCUUAGACCACGUUGCAAAUGGUGUUCAUCAGUUGACAAGUAGUGCUAUCUUGAUCAACCAAGCAAACAGCAGCGAGGCUCAUGUUACAACCUACAUCACAUUCAACCAUUUCGACACCAACACGGAAGGAACAGAAACACAUGUUUUCUCCGCAUGGUUCAAGUUUGAAGAUGAUUUUGUUGACACCAAAUCCUUUGAUGGAACUCCAAGUUCAUGGAGAGUACAGAAUAGACAGAUGGUCUUGGUUGGCGGAGGAGUUGGAGAUGAUCUUGCCGUUGAGAGACCUUAG